AUGCCUCAAAUUCCACUCAUACAUUUUCCAAAAAAACGAACAGAUGAUCUUGAUUGGAUUCAGCCAUUAAAACAAUUCAUUAAAACUACAUCCACUGAUGAAAACCAAUAUACUAAUGAAUGUUUUAUUCUCAAUAAAUUACGGCAAGAUAUACAAGAAACAAGUAUGGAUUUAACGAGUCGAGAUAUGCUUUAUAAAUAUUAUGGACAGCUUGAGCUUUUAGGUCUUAGAUUCCCUAUAGAUGAAAAAAAUGUUCGAGUUUUAUUCAAAUGGUAUUGUGCAUUUACAAAUAAACCUAUAUCCCAGUAUUCUUUAGCAUAUGAAAAAGCAUGUGUCAUGUUUAAUAUCGCAGCUACGCUUUCUGCAAUUGGAGCAACACAAGAUAGGUCAGAAGAGGAUGGUCUCAAAAAAGCAUAUCAUUCUUUUCAAUCAUCAGCAGGUGUAUUUGAAUAUAUAAAUACUAAUUUUUUACAUGCACCAAGUGUCGAUUUGGAAAAAGAUACAAUCCAAUCUUUAUACGAAAUCAUGCUUGCUCAGGCUCAAGAAAUCCUUUGUGAAAAACAAAUUAAUAAAUCAAAAAAGCCUAAUAUGAUAUCUAAGCUUUCUGCACAAACAUCCUGGUAUUACGAAAAUAUUAUAAGUAGAAUUUCUGUAAAUGUUCAGAAAAGAAUUUUUAAAAAAUAUUGGUUACAACUUUUUGAAAUAAAGAAAAAAUUCUACAAAUCUAUAGCACAUUUAAAUAAAGCCUUAGUGAAUGAAGAAAAUGAUAUGUAUGGCGAAGCAUUGACACAUUUAGCAAUAGCGAAAAAACAAUCUCAUGAAGCUUCUAAACUUUCUUCUUCUUUACUUUUAUCAAUACCAAAUUCUGAUAAGCUAAAAAUUGAUUCAAUGUCAUACUUUGAUAAUAUAAUCAAAAGUUUUUAUAUACAAAUACAAGAGAAGGAAAAUAGAUUAACUCAUGAUAAUGAUUAUAUAUAUCAUCAGCCUAUUGUUAAUGAAAAAUGUCUUAAACCCCUUGAAAAGCUUUCAAUGGUGAAAGCAACCCCUAUUCAAGAAAUAUAUACCAAUCAGAAUAUACAAGAAUUAAUUGGGCAAGAUAUUUUCCACAAAUUUAUACCUUUAUCUAUUCAUGAAAGUGUUUCUUUAUAUUCCGAGGAAAAAGCUAAGUUGAUUAGAAAGGAACUGGAAAAAUGCGAAAAUGCAGAGUCAAAAUUAAUUACAACACUAGAUCGUUUAAAAUUACCUAAGGCUUUGAAGCAAUAUAAAUAUGAUGAUUGUACUAUGUUUGAAGAAUUGUCAAAAAUACCAGAAGAAAUUAUCGAAUUAUCAGAAAUAUUAUUUCACCAAGAAAAUGAAUUUAAAAUUUCACAUCUUUUUAAUAAUCUUUCAAACUUAAAAGAAAAAAUAAGUAGAAACUUAAAUGAAACAGAAUUCAUUUUAGAAGAAGAAGAACGAGAAUCUGAAACAAUGAGAAAAAAAUAUAUGCAUAGAUGGACCCAAUCUUCAUCUAGCUCAUUAACCCAAUUAAUGAGAAAAGAAUUAGUUCUCUACAAAGAAAAUUUUGCUUCAUAUACUAAAUCGGAUUCUCGCUUGAUAUCUGAAUAUCAAUCUUUUGCGCAAAAAAUGAAUAUAUUGAUUGAAGGAGAAAAAACUAUCAAAAAUUUCUAUGAACAAGAAAUUAAAAAAGUUAUUCACGAAAAUUUUAAUAAAAACCUUUUAGAUAUUGAUGAUUUUAAUGAUAUACAAAAUAAAGUAAAUGAAAUAGAAAAUAUGCUAAAAAAAUUAAGCAUCAUCAAAAGAGAGCGGCAAACAACUCUAAAAGAUUUAAAAGAAAAGAUUUCCAAUGAUGAUAUUUCAAAUAUACUAAUUUUAAAAAAAAUAAAACCAAAUGCAGAAAAACAAUUUUUUUCCUCAGAACUUGAAAAAUAUAAACAUCAUGAAACCAGACUUAGUGAAACUAUUUAUCAUCAAGAUCAGAUACUUCAAAAUUUAUUAUCAGUUUUUGAAGAUUUACAACAUAUUUCAUCAAAGUCGCCUGGUCAAAAAUGGACUAAAAUGAAUGAAACAAAUACAAAUAUUUCAAAUGAUUUCAAAGAGAUAUAUAAAAAAUAUUGUAAUAUAAAAUCCGAAAUUUUACAUACUAUUUCAUUAUAUGAAGAUUUAAAAGAACUUUCAAAUGUACUUUUAAUAAACGCCAAAAAAUUUGUAAAUUGUCGGCGUAAUGAAGGUGCCAAUAUCUUAUUUCGUAUAAAAGAAAUACCACAAAUUAAAGAAAAAACACUGAACGAACAGCUAGAGAAAUUGGAUAUAAAUUAUCGAGUAUAA